ACAUAUCACUGCCMUUCGUCGUUAGAUCGUAGUACYAGAAGCUAUCUUUUCACMAUGCCCCUUCCGAUGCACAGCCAACCGUCUCUUGCUGCCGGUACUGCUUCUCGCAGCAGAAUGGCGCUCGGACAGAAUAAGCGUCCGUACAGCAAGUUCGCCUCCGKUGCURGCAGCGGUGCGRGCAAGUCGAAUGCGAGUGGCAGUGGUAGUGGCAAGGAGGGAAUCGUUCAGAGGCUUCAGCGUGCCCUCGUCGAUGUCCGUCGCGACCGAGACCACGAACACCGCCUGUGCGAAAUCGCUCGGGAAAAACUCCGGGCCGCCAAGCAAGCCUUCCGCGAAGAACAAUCGUCUUUCGAAGAAGAMAAAAAGAAAGUCAUCGAAUCGCAAACAGAGCUGACAAAAACCGARGAGGAAAUCGUGCGAAUUCAGGCUAGAAUCCAGGAACUGCAACAAAAGGUGAGUGUGGAAUAAUCAUGUCACGGGGAUCGAGCAYCAAGUGCCCGAUUCUGUGCUGCCGUGACUUGUCUCUUCGAUCCGCUGCGCUAUUGUGUAUCAUGCAUUGUGUGCUGUGUAUAUUGCACGGAGCCUUUUGCUUUGUGCAGUACUUCCUUGUCCCAUUCUCCUCGAUGAUCCACUGAUUGGCGCAAAGACUGAAAUUCACCGAUUCAUUGUUUUAUAUCUCGUUUCUUUCUAUCACUGCGUGGUGACAGUAUCAAUUCCAGCACGAUGACCUGAUCCGCAAGCGGGAAAAGAUUCAGCAACAAAAUAGUGCCCAAGAGGCAGCAACCUCGCGCCGGAACAAAUCUCUCCUCGCGGUCCGACGGUGCCUCGAUCAACAGCGGGAUAAAUAUCAGAAAUUCGAACGCAUGCAAGACCACAAUGUGAAAGAGCUUAUCGGGGCGAUCGCUUCGGAUGCUCUGGCGAAGCAUCGCAGGAUCACUUCCGCCCGUCGGCAACAUGAUGGCACGAAGGAGUCRUCCACAACAACUCCCGCAUUAGUUGAUGCGGGCACCAAGGAAGGGAGAGACUCCACCAACCAGGAAUUUGGACAAGGAGGGUCAACCGAUGGUGAUUUCAGUUUUGAUUUYGAGAAAUACCAGGAAGCAUUGGGAAUAAAGCAAGAAGAGAUCUUGGCCCGAGAAUUCAAAACGAUUGACGACUACGCCGUGCUUCCGAAAAUGAUUUUGUCGAAGGCCGAAACAUUGAGGAUGGAAUCUGAAUUACUCAGGGCAGAGGCAACCAGAUUAGAGGCUCUGAUAGUUCAACAGCAAGAGCUACCUACAAGUUCCAACCGUCUAUACCCGCGUUGUCAACAAGAGCAGAAAGAACGUAACAGUUCUAAUGCUAGGAUCGAUAAGUUUGAGUUUAGUAUUGGUACUCAUACUAGUACUGAUGCUGGCUCUUCUUCUACGAGCGAAAGUAUCCAUACUGCCACUAUGGAUGCCAGAGACAAUGCAAACAUUGAGGGAAAGGAUGGUUCCCGAAGAAUUCUGGAUGGCACCAUGGACCUAAUCGAAUCGACCACAGAGAACAGCAAGCCCAAKGGAACACAGCGAAAGGAAUCCCAAACCGUUCUUCCGAACGAUGCCACCAUUUUGAACACUGAAUCAUUGCACCCGGAAUCCAGUGAAAUGGAAGGGGAAAAGAGCAAUGAUGCCCGCCCUGCAUGUACCCCGAAGAUCACAUUGAUGGACACAACGGAUUUAUCGAACCAAGUGCAAGAUUCGAACAAGGCGAAAGGUUCCUCAGACCCUAGUUUGGAUAGCGGAAAUGCAGCGGGUGACCAAUCAGAAGGGAGGGACGUGAAUAUUUCCGGUACCAGCAAAGCAAGUGCUUUGAAAUUUGCAAUGAACCCCGAACAUGAAGGAGAUGGUUCGACAGCAUCGGCUUUGACAACGAACKCGAAUAGUAUCGAAAUACCCACGGGAAUCCAAGUCGGAGGAAACGACUCUUCAGAAGAUUUCCCUCCUCCAACUCUGCAAAACACCCCCAUCAACGUCAUCAAGCGGCAURAAGGUAGCGGAAGCGAAGACGAGAAUCGAACCAUGUGAUUCCAUUAGGCCACUGUAGAAAACAAUGCGUACACAGCAAGCAGAAUUGAUCUUCUCGACUCAAACAGAUUCACGGACAGAACAUUCCCAACGAACCAAUAAUAUUUUGACCCGGAC